AUGAAUAUGGAAUUAUAUCAUUCUCUCUAUCAUCCAGCAGCUGCUACCUCUGUGAACACAGCCAAUAGCAAUUCUAAUCUUCUUCUCUACACAGCACCCACACAACCAGUGGAAUCAACCUCCUCUUCGUCCUCGUCAUCACCAAAUCAUCUUGACCUUGUCAACUCCAUCCACCCAAAUACCACACAAAUGCAACACCUCUUGUCGACAGCUUCUAAUAGUUAUCCAUUGACAGCUUUAAUGCUGGAAAAGCAACAGCAACAUUCCUUGUACACUUCCACACCAUCUGCAUUCCAUCACCCAGUGCACAGCAAUCCAUAUUUCCAUCAUCAUCAACUUUCUCAUAAUUUGCUUCAAAACCCACAACAAUUGUUUGUUUUAAAUCAACAACAGCAACAUCAUCAGCAACAAGCUGCUUUGUGUGAAAACAUGUUAAGCAGCAACAAUGCAGAUUUCCUUAGUUUGGACAUGGAUGAAGCACUCUUUUCUCACAUCCAACAACUUCAGGAGUUGACAGCUUCACAACAACCACAACAAUCUCUCCAAGUGAAUCAUUUACCACAACCACAUCACCAACACAUUCAGUUGCAUUCUCAACCAAAUGCUGCCAUGACCACACUCUCGUACAAGGCCAUUGCUCAACAACGAUUGAUCCAACAGCAGCAACAACAAUUACAACAUCAUCAACAGCAAUCAAGAGUGAGUAGCAUCACUCAGUCACCUCCUCCAACGUCAUCCAUGACCAACUCAUCACCAAGCAACAAUCUCUCUCAACCAAAUUUGGACGAUCAGUCGUCAGAACACUGCAACACUGCAUCCUCCAACGACGCUUGGCAAGUUGAAUGGCUCGAUUCCAAGCGAGAACACGAAUGGGAAUUGGGUGAAUUUCCUCAAUUCAAAGCAUGCAAGAAACGAAAAGAGUUUUUCACCUCUCAAUUCGAAACUAUAUGGUACAAAAUUCCAUACAAGUAUCACAUGCUCAUGAAGAUGAAUAGCUUUGGUAAUGAUUAUGUGAGUGCUGCAACCCUCACGACUCAGAAUGCCAAACAGCCUUCACGAAAAGCUCUCAACGAAUUGAAUAAGAAUAAGGUCAAGUGUAGAGUUGAGAUUUGCUUUGAAGAUGGUUCUCCAGUGUUGCCAGGAGAUGGCCAACCUUGUUGCAUGUCCAACACUGAACAUGCAUUCGAUGGUAUGAAUUUGAAAUUGGGUCCAUUCCAAUUCAAUAUUUGUUCCUACAAGUAUGGAUACAAAAAGUUUAGAUUGCUCGUGAUCUUGUCGGUUCGAGAAGGAGCUAAUACCAACUCAACCAAUUAUAAGGAUGUUGUGGUUUUAAAGUCGCCUCCUUUCGUCAUCAAAUCCAAGAAGCCAAUUGCAAGACCUGGUUCUAAAAAGCAAAUGCAACAAGCACAAGAUCAAUCAGCACCACCAUCGAGCAGUGCUAGCCCAACCAGUUCCAAUGAGGCUGAGGACUCUCCACAAACAACCCCAACAACAACUACUCCUGUCCUCUCUCCAGAAGAGUCCACCACUACUCCAACUUGUGGAUCUCAAAAACCUUCGUUGACGAUUUCCGCCUCAAACAAGAAGGGUGCAAAGAGAACUCGCGAUCAAUAUCAAGAAAACAGCUCAACCUCCACUCCAUCUUCUUCGUCGUAUGUGGCUGCUUCUCAAUCACCCUUCUCAGCAUCCAACAUGUUUGCAUCGAAUUUGUUUGAUACUUGCGAGAGUUUGAAGUUACAAGGAAAUUACUCUCCAGAACAACAUACCUUAAUGGAACAACAAUUAUUAACGCUUCUUCUUGGCUCCAUGAAUCCAUCUCCACUGAAUUUGGCUAAUGUGGUUGCUACUCCUGUAAAUAUGCCAAUGUGUGAGCAUGUAGUACAUGAUUUCUCGCAACCACCAACAUGGAACACCUAUGAAAGAGAAUUGAAGAAGAUGUGCAUGGCCAAGCAACAACCAACAGAUGUGAGUCAAUUAUUUGGUCUGAAAUAA